GCUCUCUGUGCAGAUAGCGAGAAAGAGAGGUGGAGGGAGGGAGAAAAAGAGACAGAAAAUGGGAGGGGGCACAGCUAGGAAAGAAUCAUAUGAAAGUCAGUAAGAAAAAAAAAACCCACACUAUCACUAAACCUUAAAACCUUUUUAAGUAAAACAGGGAGCGGAUGUGUUUAGUGAUAGAUGGAAAGAAAAGAUUAGAGGAGAGACUGAAUAGAGGAGCAGUGAGAGGAAAUACUCCUAAGGGGCUGAGUUACUAGGAAGAUCUGGACUAGGGAAAGUGGACUGGGAGAGAUCUGUGGGACAAACAGCCAGGAUUACACAAGAACAGUUGUCUGCCACAGCCUCAGUGACCUGAGAAUGAAUGGGACGAUCUAGCAUUUAACAAGAGGAUCUGUUCAUCACACAGGCACAACCUUUAAACAAGAUGAUGUGCAUACAGACCCAGGGAAAGCUGUGCCGCUCAUUGUGGAAAGGUUUAGUGUUGGGAGCUGUUUUCACCAGUUUCGUGAUCCUGCUGUAUUCAUAUGCUGUGCCCCCACUGAGCCUCGGCAGCACAGAGAGCCCAGUGAAUAUACCUUGUCUUCCUUCAACCCGCCCUAAUCAAUCACAGUCAACCUCCAAUGCCAGCUCCCACACAAGCUGUGGGCCAAGGCACAACCUCAUGUUCAUGAAGACCCACAAGACAGGCAGCAGUACUAUACUUAAUAUUCUAUUCCGAUAUGGACAGAGCCACCAUCUCCAAUUUGCAUUCCCACGUGGACGCAAUGACUUUGAUUACCCAGGAUACUUCCAACGUUGGCAAGUUGAGGGCUACCAUCCCGGUGCCUGUUUUAACAUUAUCUGUAACCAUAUGCGUUACCAGCAUCCAGAGGUGAGCCUUUUAUUGCCCCCAGAUGCAACUUUUGUAACCAUUCUUCGUGACCCUGCACUGCUCUUUGAAUCCUCUUUUCAAUACUUUGCCAAGGUGGUACCCUUAACAUGGACAAUACCAGGCUCUGGGGCAGAGGAAAAAAUGGUCAAAUUCCUACACAACCCACUUGGCUACUAUGAUCCCAGUGGUUUUAAUGCCCACUAUCUGCACAACUUAUUAACAUUUGACCUGGGUUAUGAUAAUAAAAUGGAUGUUGGGGACCCCAGCGUGCAGCAUAUGGUGAAACAGCUGGAUAACCGUUUCCAUUUGGUAAUGCUACUAGAAUACUUUGAUGAGUCUUUGUUACUUUUGCGUGAUUUAAUGUGUUGGGAGAUGGAUGAUGUUUUGUACUUCAAGCUUAAUGCCCGCAAGGACUCUAGAGGUUCCCGACUGAGUUCUGAGAUGUACAAGCUCGCUCAGGAUUGGAAUGCACUGGACACGCUACUUUACCGCCAUUUUAAUGCCACGUUCUGGAAGAGGGUGGAAGAUUAUGGGCUGGAGAGGAUGCAGCAAGAUUUAUUGGAGCUUAGGAGGAGGAAUGAGGAGCUGAAAAGGGAAUGCAUAGCAGGAGGAGGACCAGUAGAUGCCAGCAAAAUCCAGGAAUCUGGGUUGCAGCCAUGGCAACCAAUUGGCAAAAUGUCAAUCCAGGGCUACAAUCUGAAGAAGAACAUUUCACCGCAUCAUAAACAACUGUGUAGGAAUAUGCUGACUCCUGAGAUACAAUACAUGAGCAAACUUGGUGCUGAUUUAUGGCUCACACAGCUCUGGGGUAACAUCAGGUCGCUGCUGAAAUGGUAACUUCUAGGUAAAAAAGAAAAAGCUUGGUAAAGAUGAAUAGCAUGAGUUGGAUGAGUUGUUAAGCUCAUGAACAUGUAGGUGAACUGGGAAAGUGAGUGUGAGUGAGACAUUAGAUCUAUUUUUGAGACAAUUGUACAAAGUGUUGAUAAUAAAAUCUUUUUUUUGUGCAUAUUUAUUCACUAGACCACACAUGAAACCCUUUAAAGAGUAUGUAUGAUAAGCAUGAUAGCAAGCUCUAAUGAUCAGACACUCAGGUUUGACAGAAUACAGGAUGACACAUCUUUUUACUACUGCACCAGGCCGCACCCAUAUUCUGCACUGACUGUGAGUUAAUUCUGUUUUCAUGGUACAUAUACAAUUUCAAAUACAGCAAGUUGGGCUCAGAUGCAGAUGUCCAAGCUGCAUUUGUAAAUCUGAGCAGAAACAACAGAUGCUUUUUGCUGUGUCACUGUACAAACAGUAUUUUUUGGGUAGAGUUUGCAGUAUGCUUCUUUUAUUCAAUAUCCCAACAGGGUUUUUGUUUCCAGAUGUUUGUGCAAUCAAAUGUGAUAAAAUCGUUAUGGACUACACUUAGACCACUAGUUACUCUCCAGCUCUUCUGGAAUUAUAUGAUGUUGGACAGCUGAUGGACAUUUCAAGAUUACUGCUUCUAACCUCUGUAUUAGCACUGCAAUUCUCAUAAAUCCCAUUUUUACCUCAGAAAAACUGUCUGUACAUUACUUUUAUGUUUGUGAUUUCUGUUUUAAAAAAAAAUAAAACUAAGAGAAGUUGACUACUGCUAUUAAAAA